CCGCGGUCACACUGGUGCAUUGUUGUUUCGUUUUCGUUUCGUCGCGUGAAAACUGCUGAGUGUAUAAAAACUGUGCAAAUUGAAAGAAAACUCCUGCAAUUAGUUGGAAGUCCUUUGCUGGGAAGAUGAAGUUCCGCGCACUGAUGCAGGAUCCGCUGUACAUGCGAGAGUUCCAGGCCAUUGUGGCCACAUUGGCCAAACUGGCAAAGGAUGUCGUAAUGAUCCUGGGCUCUCGACAGAUGCACUUCAUCGUGAACGAGGACCAGAGCUCCGCUGCAUCGCCCUUGGUUUGGGCAAGCAUUGCAGCCGAUGAGUAUUUUCCGGAGUAUCGCAUGGAGGCUGCCCGCCCGGAUCAGGAAUACAUAGUUCUGAGCAUGUCUUCGGCUAACCUCGGAAGAGCUUUUUCUGUGCUCCGAGGCGGUGGCGUUAAUAGCUGCAAAUUGAAGUUGCAAAGGAUUCAGUUUCCCUGCAUUUCGGUAAUAGCCUCGGUGCUCUUAUCCUCAUCUACAGAAGCUCGCGAAGUGGUACACGAUGUUCCGGUGACCAUAAUCCCGGCGAGCGAUUGGAGUGCCUUUGUCGUACCAAGGGUUCCUAACUCGCAAUUGGCCUUGAGUUUGCCAACUUUAAGAUUGCUCCGAAGUCUUAUCGAUAAACUUAAAAAUGUAUCCCCUAGCCUCGAGUUUCAGGCCAACUUUGAUGGGGAGCUCAAUGUUAUAGCCACCUCUGAAAUGUCCACCGUGACCAGUCGAUUCCAAAAACUACUGACACGAUCUAUGACAGGAUCUCAGCAGGAGGCCUCUUGCUCGGUGGAUUCCAGAAAAGCAUCCGCUUUCUUUGGUGCACUGCAACUCCCCAACGACGAGCUGACCAUUGGGAUCGAUCGGGAUCAUUCCAUUCAUCUGCAAAUAGAUGUGCGACAAGAAGUCGUCCUGCAUUCCAUUUUGCCCGCCGUUUGCAUGUAGUUUAAAACGGUUUUGCCUUUUGUUAGUUGACAGUCGGCGCCGAAAUAAAUGUAUUCUUAAUGUGUUAGCAAGAAGAAA